ACUAAAUUUUGCAAAUGUAUUUCUUCUUCAUUUUCCAAGUAGUUUAUUAUAUACGAGGAGAAAUCCGUCUUGCGACAGCAAACCUCAACCCCAAUAGAUACCGGAAAACUCGGGAAAAGUUUAAUACGAGCUUACAGCCUUGGCGGUGGCCACCAAGGGGUAACGCAAAAGUGGCGAUUGCCAAGGAUCGAUCAAGGACCUCCUAGACACAAUCCUGCGCCUUUACCACCUCUACCAUCCCUUGGUAAAUUAAAUGAGUAAGCUGAAGAUAGACGAUGUGGAUGAAAAUGUGGUUCCUCUCUCUUCCAAAAGUGUA